AUGAAUGCUAAUUUUACUUCUAUUAGAGAUUUGGAGAAUAUUGAUGAUAAGAUUAGCGAACUUGAAAGUCUUAAGUUGAAGAUAAAUGAGGCAGUAAGAGCCAAAGUAUCAGACGACUCAAGAUCAGGCUCGAUUGUGUCCACAAGAUAUGAAGAAGAGAAGAACAAAAGAGUAGAGGAGGUGUUGGAAGGACUAAACUUGUUAUUAACUAAACCGGAUGACGAAGCAUUGGCACAAAUAGGCGAAUUAAGUGAACAAUAUGGAAAUCUAGCAGUGUUUGAUAAUGCCCGUCAGUUAUAUAAGAGGAAACUGGAAUUGAAACAUGGGAUGGCAUUUUUGCAAAAGGCUAAACUAUUGGAGACAGAAAUUGAAAGUCUUGUGAUAGAAGACUUGUCCAAGGUACUACAGGCUAAGGAUGGUCUCCAAUCACUUGCCAGCGAACAUGAGACUAUACCUAUUAAUGUCAAAGUGGUCGAACAAUUAUCUGAAGCGUUAGAUAAGAAAAUUGAUGAUUUUAGAAAGAAUCUUGAAGACGAAUUCAAAAAUUCGCUUGAAGAGAUUAAAUGGUUGGCGCCUAAAUUCGAGAAACAUCCAAUACCACAAGCAAAAGUGGCGUCAAUACAUACAUAUAUGUCUAAAUUAUUUGAGCUACAAGCAAUUAAUAACACACCUGAAUAUCCUGAAACAUGGUGGGCAGUUGAUAUACUUUUAGAACCGAUCAUUGUACGUUUUAAUUAUCAUUUCAAUACAGCCAACAAAGAAACAAACAAGCUCUCUAAACCCGAAUGGGCUCUUAGUUUCAUAGAGAACUUCCUUUCAGAGAACAUGCUGUACUUGAAAUUGGCUAUAGGGGAUACAAUCAAACCAUUUCCUAGAAUUAUUGACUAUGAAAUUAUCAAUACAUUAUUGAAUCCAGUAAGGGAAAAAAUGUUCAACAUGAUUGACUCUAUAAAUGAAAACAUUGCAAAAUUAGAGGAGCAAAAGGAAAAUAGAGAAAAGAGUGGUAGGAUUUUAUCGCAUUUAAUUUUUGAAUUAUCAUCCUUUGACCAGAGACUUAGGAAUGUUUACAAAUUCAACCCAUACGUGAAAGACAUUGCCAUCGCACCCUCGAAAAAAUGGAUGGGCUUAACCGGCGACAUAUUAUUGCAUGGAGAUAAUGAAGAUUUGGCUGCUCUGAAUUGGUUGAAUUUUGAAUUCGAAUUAGCCACGGGGAGAUUCAAUACUGAAAUUAUUCAGUCAGAAAAAGCAUUCAAAAUAGAUUUUGAUUAUCAAGCUUCACAAGAAUCUAAGACGUUUCACGAAAGACUUCUCAAACCAACGUAUUCAGCUUAUAAUUUAACAAAACUUUUUAACAAUUUAACGAGUCAUCACAAAACUUUAAACAUUGUUAAGUAUCAACUAAAAUAUGUUUCAAAUAUUCAAUUAAAACUAAUUGAUUUAUACCAUGAUAAAUUGAAACAGCUAUUGCGUAGCUUUAAUGAUUCUUUUAACCUGAAGCUAGUAUUAAACUUUAUCCCAGGUGGAUUAGGUAAUGACAAUAACACAAGUGCAGACUCUAAUAAUACGAAAAACGGAUUGAAAGGUUUAGAAAUUUUAACUGAAUUAUACUGCCUGACGAAAUUUAUAAGCAAUCAUUUAGAACAAUGGAGUGAGGAGCUUGUCUUUAUUCAACUUUGGAAUUCUUAUAAAUCCAUCAGUAAUAAGACCCAUGCAUUUGACCUGACAAUAUUUGAUAAUUCCAUGAGUGAUUUCCAGACACUUUUAUCAAAGAUUUUGAACAAUUAUGAACAAUUCUUUAGAAAAGAAAUUAAAAAUUCGUUAAAGAGCUAUGUUAAUUCCAGCCAGUGGGAUAUUAGCGCCAGUAAUAAUCUCGAAGCUUCUUCCGAUCUUUCAUUGCUAGUUAAUAACCUUCCGAUAUAUAUGAGCUACCUAGAAAAAUGCCUAUCAGAUUUGGAUUACUACUUGAUCACCAAUAUGAUAGUCACAUUAUUAUGUGUGGUUUUGCGUGAAUUCAUUAUUACAAAUAAUCAAUUUAGUGCUACGGGCAUUAAACAAUUGAAGAUUGAUUUUGAGUUUAUUAUAAGCCAAUUAAAGCACUCUUUACUUUUGUUGCUGUCAUUGAACGAUUAUUCAAAUAUUAACAAUACAGAGUACCUAAAAGUAAAUGAGUCAAUAGAGUUUUUGCUAAAGAUUGAUUCUCAAACUGCAAAAUUAUACAAAAAUCAUUAUGAUAAGAUACCAGAAUUAAGGUCGAAGUUUGAUGGUGAAUUGAAACAUUUAUCCAAUCAUGAAAUAAAUGAUUUGGUUUUUCGUAUUUUAUAG